AUGGCCAGGCGCUCGGAUGUGGCGAAGAAAAUCAUGCAGUUCAAACUUCAGCUGUCAGACACAUCAAAGCCUGCCACGGUCCUAAAAGUUUUGCAGAAACUGAAGGAUCUGGAUGUCACAUUAGACAUUCUUGCUGAGACGGGAAUUGGCAAAACGGUUAAUUCGUUGCGGAGACACAAGCAAGCUGGAGAAUUAGCCAAGUCGCUGGUUCAAGGUUGGAAAAAACUGGUCCCCAAGCAGUCCACAAGUCAUGGAGAGAAUAGAUGUUUGCAAGAGGCUGUUUCUAUUAAAACUGUAGAAGAUGACCAAAGCUCUCCCGAGAAUGGAUAUUCAUCAAAUGAAGACGAGCAAAAUGACUGUUUAUCAUCUAAUGGCAAGAAUCAAACCGCCACGGAUGACGACUCCUUUAAAACUCGGAGUAGAAAAAAUGAUUUGGACAAAGGACGGAGCGAGGAGAAGGGAAGAAAAUCCAAGGACGAUAAAAACACUGAAAGAAAUCAACAAGGAAGUCUCCUUCAGAAGAACAUUUUGAUGAGCAAAGCCGAAAUCCAAGAUGACAAGACGGAAAAGAAGAAGAAGAAAAGAAGUGAAGCGUUGCUUGCAGAUGAAAACGUGAAUGAGGGUCCUCAAAAAUCCAGAUCUGACUCCAGGGUGAAGUUAAAAAGCUCUAAUGGAAAUGGAAGUUCUGCAUCAGAACAAAAAUCCAAAUCAAAGUCACCAAAAGAAUCAUCAAUGGAAAGCAAAGACUUCUUGUCAUUCAGUGACAAACCCUCCAAAAAGUUAAAAGAAGCCAAAGACGGCCGGUCUUUUGAAACGUCAACGAGCUCCGAAACCCAAAGGAGAAAAAGGAAAAAGAACAAACAGGAGAAGCACGACCGUCUAAAAUACAAACCGGACUCCGAAAAUAAUGAACAUUCAAAACGCAAAAAGGCCAAAAUGGAACGUAACGAGGAGGAGAGCAAAAGUGACGAAGAAGAGCCCUCCUUGUCUUUUGAAUCUUACUUGAAUUACGACGUGAAUCUUAAGAGAAAAGAUCAGUCUGGAGUUAAAAAAGCUCCCAAGACGAUUAAAAACGUGACGAAAGGGCAAACAAAGACCCCUGACAUGGACCCUUCGAAACCACCUGCUUCCAGUCCAGACGAGAAGCGUCAGGAGUCCUUGAUGCAUCUGAUGGAUGUUCCUUUACCUGCUGCUCUGCCGGAACUGGAAAAGCCUUCAAGCAUUGACUACUACUUAGAAAAUAAAGGUACUGUAUCUGAGAAAGAACCUGACUUCUGUGACGAAGAGUCCGCGGUCUUCACCGGUCAGCGGCUCAACAGCAAGAUGCAGGUGUACUCCGGUGCCAAAACCCUGUUUCUCCCGGCUAUGAUGAGCUUGUAUCAACAGUGCAUCCGCACGCUCCAGAACAACAUCAACCUGCUGUAUGAAACCGGCGGAGUCCCGUUUGAGCUUCUUGAGCCGGUGCUGGAGAGGUGCACGCCUGAACAGCUGCUCCGCAUUGAGGAAUACAACCCAAUCUACAUGGGACUGACGGAUCACUUGUGGGGAAAACAUUGUCAGAGGGAUUUCAAAGACUGCAGACUUCAGGAAUACGAGUCGUGGAAAGAGAUGUAUAUCAGGGUGUCUGAGGAAAGAGAACGGAAGCUGCAGAGACUGACGAAGUCUAUUGUCUCGGCACAUUCUAAGAAACCGAAAGGGCGGCAGGUGAAGAUGGCAUUUAUUCACACUGUUGCCAAGCCACCAAGAGACGUUCGAAUUCAGCAAGAAAUUCACGGAACUGCUGUUCAGCAACCACAUCUGCUCAAGUGCAGUGUCAAAGGUCAGGAAAACCAAACGAGGACCGGUUUUAAUGAACCCAACAGGCCCAGCAGCACCAGUUCUGGUGGAAGCAACAACCAAGACGCUCGCAAAAAAACAAGAGUUGCUCCAAUGAUGGCAAAGUCUUUAAAGGCGUUUAAGAAACAGCUGGGACGCAGAUAAACUCUUUAUAUUGGUGCUAUUUUCAAUGAAUGCAUCAUAAACAUACCUCAUCUUUCCCAACGUCGGACAGC